CAUACAAGCUGAGGUUGAAUUGUUAUCUUAGAAGAGUUAAUGAAUUUUCGAACCGAAUGAUAAAAGUCAGGAUAAUGAAAUGGAGCCACUAAAAUAUCAGAACACUUAUCGUCUGGAAGCUUAUAAUCCUUUCAAAGUUGAUCCAGUAGGUAGAAUCGUGAAGACAACAAUGAUUAAUAAGCUCGAAGAUAUCUCUUACGAUCCAGCAACCUGUUUGAAAGCAUGCGAAUCAGUUGCUGCCGACAUUCGGGAUAAAAUUAAAAAAUUAACUUUCGACAGGUAUAAAAUUGUGGUAAGCGUGACGAUCAUAGAGAAGCAAGGACAAUCUUUUCAAAGUUCUCUUGGAUUUCUCUGGGACUCUGAAAAGGAUAAUUAUUCUACAUUCGUUUACGAAGCUCGAACAUUUCAUGCUUACUGUUGUAUAUUCGGCAUUUAUCACGAAUAAUCAAGAAGUAUUGAAAUUCUAAUUUGUUAUCUAAUCCUCUAAAUAUAGAAAAUUUUUAAACAGAAGGAAACGCGUUAACAUCUCCAAAAUUAGCAGAAACUGAUAGUAUUGAUCUUUUAUUUUUACCUGAGCAAUUAUCGCAGAAAGAUCUGUAGUGUUUCACUGAAAUCACAUGUUUUCGAGGCGUUCACGAUAGCAGUGAAUAGUAUACUAUAUUUAAAGAUAACAUGGACGAUAGUUAUGCAUAUAUGUAGAAACAUUCAACAGGUAUACAUGUGCUUUUAUUAAGUCACACGUGUUGCUCUACUAUUUUCGAUCAUGUACCAUAAAUUCGCAAAGCGACGUUAUUUAACCUGCUAAUUUGUUUGCAGACUGUACACUUGUUACUUAUUUAUUCUGAUUUCUAUACUGUCCCAACUGUGUAAUUGAUCGCGAAAAGACUUCGACCAAUUGACACGCUGUCAAAAUUUCUGCUUCGAAGGCACGUCAAACCGACGUCGAAGCGAAAUAAAAAUGAUGCUGUUACAUGUAGCAACGAAAAAAAUUAUGAAAUAUAUUUCUACGAUA